AGAGUAAUCUUUGUCCUCUGACUCAGUUAAUCAUUCAGCUCUUGAAAUGUAAAAGUGAAGAAGUUAAAAGCUUGCGACAGUUUAAAUUCAGAGGAUUGUUCCAUCGGCCGUGUGAAGACAUGGAUACUAAAGAGUCAGGAGAGACUUUAAGGGACACGAGUUAUGAGAACCAAAGCAGAGGAUUCAUGAAGCGGAUCAGGAAAUUCAAUGCCAAGGAAGUUUUCACCUGGCACUUGGCCAAGACGUUGGCCAUGGGUCAGGGCCUGGCUGUUCUCAUCUGUGGGACGGCAGUCACCUCUCAGUACCUGGCCACACACUUCCAUGUGAACACACCGAUGCUGCAGAGCCUCCUGAACUACACUUUGCUGUGUGCCACCUACACCACCAUGCUGAUCUGCAGAACAGGGGAUGGCAAUAUCUUACAGAUUCUGAAGCGGCGGUGGUGGAAGUACCUCCUGCUGGGCCUGGUGGACGUGGAAGCCAACUACGCUGUGGUUAAAGCGUACCAGUACACCACCCUCACCAGUGUUCAGCUGCUGGACUGCUUUGUGGUUCCAGUCCUGAUGAUUCUGUCCCGCUUGUUUUUGAAGACACGCUACAGGCCGGUCCACUAUAUAGCCGUCUUUAUCUGUCUCCUCGGGGUGGGGGCCAUGGUGGGAGCCGACCUGCUGUCUGGACGAGACCAGGGCUCCACCUCAAACAUCUUGUUAGGAGACGGCUUGGUGCUGCUCAGUGCUGCUCUGUACGGUGUGUCUAACGUGUGUCAGGAGUACACAGUGAAGAACCUGAGCAGGGUGGAGUUUCUGGGGAUGGUCGGCCUGUUCAGCACAGUCAUCAGCACUAUUCAGAUGGUGAUCCUGGAACGUAAUGAAAUUGCUAACAUCCAGUGGAGCUGGCAAGUUGUGCUCCUGUUCGCUGCCUUUGGGUUGUGUAUGUAUGCUCUGUACAGCUUUAUGCCGAUAGUGAUGAAGCUGAGCAGCGCCACCUCCGUCAACCUCUCCAUGCUCACUGCUGACCUCUUCAGCCUCUUCUGUGGGAUCUUCCUCUUCCAGUACAAGUUCUCUGGACUCUACAUGGUGUCGCUGGUGGUCAUCCUCAUCGGCUUCGUCACCUUUAACGCUGUACCAACACCACAGCCUGCCACCUCCCCUUCCUCGUCCAUCAGUGAGGAAGGUUCCUAUGACAACACUGUGGCCACUCAGGAUGGAAUCCAAAAGCAGGAAGUCUCUGUCAGGAUCACCACGGAGGAUGAGGGGCAGGAGAGAGAGGAGCAGCGAGGGGACAGAGAAAAGGAGGCGAUGAGGACGAGUCAGAAAAAGAUAGAUAAUGUAACCGUUGGACGCAGCACUAAAAUGUAAAAAAAAAGCAUCAAAAUCCUGUCAGUAUGUCACAUUUUAUAUCUUUAUAUACAUUUAUUUAUUGCUUUUAUAAUA